AUUUCAGUCAUAAGAGACGGUAGCAGCACCAUUAUGUACAAAAUAAGUUACAAACAAUGCAAAAAAAACAAAAUAGCACAAUUUGUUACGGGCAUGUAAAACGUCAGACAUUCUCUUCGGCGCCAUCUUAACAAUGCUGUCAAUCUCCCCAUUUGACAAACCCUGAGAAUUCCAAACAAGGACCAGAGGGGUUGGGAGACAGAAUAGGCGUAGCCCCUCUUUAAACUCCUUUCUCAGCCCCUCAACCCCAAAGGCUGAAGUGGAACCUAACAAUACUAGAAGUUUGGUUAGUCCCAUUUCAAAUGAGAACAUUUAGGCAGUAUCACAGUGGAGAAAUGAUUAUAAAAACCCAGCCACGUACACUUUAAGCCCUAGCUCUCUCGAAGCCCCGAGUGAAUAUGUUUUUUUUUUUUGGUAUCCAGUUGAGCCAGACUUGCAUUGCAUAAACACAGGAAAUGACAGACUCAAACAUCUGCAACAUUUCGAUAUAGAUCUCUGGGCUUUUAACCCUUUAAUUGCUCCUGCUACAAUAAGCUACAGUUGGUUGUUUACUCCGAGUGUGCUUGCUCAUCACAGCAUGUAGGCAGUAGGAACAGGGAAUGAGUUUAAUCUUGAUUCAGUGGCUAUAUAGGCUAUUAUGUCUGUGUUAUGGAGACAUUAUAAAUGAUUGCAUUCUUAAAUGGUCAUCAUCAAAGGAUUUGGUUAACUCAAUCAUUUGCAUCUCUAGAUUGAAAGCAACAUGCAGGGAGCUUAGAUUACUAUGUGUUAUCGAUAUUUGCAUCAAUUAUUGUCUUUGCAUUGGGGACACUGUAAACUAUUAUGGUAAUAUUGUAUUCAGAUGCUUGACUUCUCCACGCAUAAAUUAUUCAAAUAAGCUUUUUCUUGUUUUUUUCUACUCACUGUGGGAGUACAAUGCUUUUCCUGGUCUACAUCCCAAAUAAAUGCAUUAUUCCGAACUGAAGCCAGCUGGUGGAGAGAGCCUUUUUACAAGCUACCAUUCCAUGGAGGAAUAGAAAGUGGACAUGAUAAGGCGUCUUGGUAUAACUCCAAAAGAAUUCACAGAGCUUUGUCCCCAGAUGUGAAUACUUUAAAGUUAGUAGGCUAAACAGAACACGUAUUUGAUUGGUUAUAGUCGACUGUGUGUGGAUCACCGGAUCUUUAGUGACAAAAAGUUGAGACGGUUGACAGUAAAACAAUAGUAGACAUUCUCUGCGCCUUGCGCAGCUUGGAACAGUUAGUACAGACGUGUAGCCAACAGUCCAGGUGCGCGUUUUGGAAAUGGAGCGAAACAAUGAAAUCUUUUCUCUUUGGAAGUUUAUUCUUUUUCGUAUCGGCACUCGAUUAUAAAUGUAAUGGGAAUACAAACGGACUUAGCAAGCCAACCACGAGUGUCGAGAAACAUGGCUUGCGUUAUCAUUUUCCAUGCGUAAUGGGCAAAUAACACCAGCUAGAAAGAAGCACCAUAUUUUACAGGGCCGUGGACAGCGGUAGUGAUGAUUUCAGCUGGUGGAGUGAUUACGGGCCACCUUGCUGCACUGAAGAGGCAGGACUCGGCCCGCUCCCAACACCAUCUGCCCAUCCAGUCCCCAGCCCCAGGAGAGGCCCAGGAGAAGAGGAGGGCCAAGCGUAAACCCAGAGCCGACGUAGUGGUGGUCAGGGGAAAGAUCCGCCUCUACUCUGCCUCUGGGUUCUUCCUCAUCCUGGGUGUAUUGAUCCUGCUGAUGGGCAUCGCCAUGGCCGUGCUGGGCUACUGGCCACACAGAGAGGAUCUCGUAGCGGCCAACGCCAAGCUAUCCACCAACGACACCAGGGUGACCCGGGAGGAAAGUGGUACACUGGCCCAGUUCUUUGAGCAGCACCUGCACUCUGAGAAGAUGAAGAUGCUGGGCCCCUUCACCAUGGGUAUCGGUAUCUUCAUCUUCAUCUGUGCCAAUGCCAUCCUGCACGAAAACAGGGACCGGGAGACCAAGGUGAUCCACAUGAGAGACAUGUACUCCACCGUCAUCGACAUCCACAGCCUGAGGAUCAAAGAGCACAAGUACAUGAAUGGGGCCUACUCCGGCUCUUAUGGGGAGCAUGAGGUCAGGACCUAUGAGAACCAGUGUGCCUCCAAGCUUGCUGCUAACACCCUGCUAGGGUUCCCCAGCAUGGGGAACAAUGUGAGGGUGUCUCGCAGGGCCAGCUCUACGGAGGACGAGGAGGGCCUUCUCAAUGAGGCCAAAGGGGGGCAUGGUCUCCUGCCUUCACUCUACAGAGAGCGCUCUGGCUCCAUCUUUGGUCUGCAGCAUGAGGGCAGCCGCCACAGGGACGAGAGGAGCAGCUUCCCCAAGAGAUGCCAGACCAGGUCAAUCGUCUCGUCCUCGAUCAGCGCUUUCACCCUGCCCGUUAUCAAGCUCAACAACUGUGUGAUCGACGAGCCUGACAUGGACAACAUCACAGAGGACCUGGAGCACAUUCGGGUUAGGUCCCGACCCCCCUCUGUGGAGUCCCUGGCUGUGCCUGUUCCGGCAGACAUUGCCAAAGCCUACAAACCUCCCGACGUCAUGCUCCUCAGGAGUAACUCAGCCACAGAGUCCCACUCCUUCUCGUCCUCUCAUAGCUCUCUGUCCCCAGGCUCUGCCAGUGGGAGGUACCUGUCCCCCGGGACUGCCCGCAAGGACUUCGGCUCUAACAACUCCCUCCACAUGCUUUCUUCUCACUCUAAGUCUCUGGACCUGGAUCGAAGGCCCACCACCCUAACAGUGAAGCCAGAGCAGAGGAAACAUCCCAGCUGGCCCCGGCUGGACCGCAGCAAUAGUAAAGGCUACAUGAAGCUGGAGAACAAGGAGGAUCCUAUGGACAGACUGCAGUUGCCCCAGGUAGCAGUCAAGCAGGAUUACACCAAGAAAGAGAAACUGCUCAUGAUCUCCAGGUCUCACAAUAACCUCAGCUUUGAACACGAUAAGCAGUUCAUGAACAACACUAUGAAACGAGGGAGCUCUGAGACCAGGUUUUAAAUGGAACUCUUACAAAACCUGGUCUCAGACGUGUUUGUGCCGUCUUGCCAACUCCUACGGUCAUUGCCACCUGAUGAGGACCAUAUGAGUUGGCAAGAAAGCACAAACACAUCUGGGUCCAGGCUAUAUGAAGCCCACUACUUGGACCUAAAUCUAACAAUGUGUUUGUUUGUGUGACAAGAUCAUUCUGCAAUACAAUUCUAGCUGUUCACUCUCAGUGUUGCUUAGUAAAUUGUAAGUGUGAUCACAUGUUGUUUUGGGAUGGAGCUCUCAGGUAGUCCGUCUGUUUGCAGUCUAAAGAAAGAGUGGCUGUGUUACGUGUGUGAGAUAUUUGCAGCACAAAUCAAUUCAUAAACUUUUUUCAAAUUAGGUUUAAAGUGAACUUAGAAGUACAGAAACCUACACCAUUAACUUGUGGUUUGUUUUUCUUGUCACAUUUCCAGUCUUUGUGUUGUUGCAACACGCUGUACUUUUUGUUCAAACCGGUCAGUGUACGUACAAGAGUUGUUUAGAUAUUUUGCUAUGGAGCUUUUAAUAAUGUAAUUGUUCUCAACACACACUGCUAUUUUUUUAAGGAAAAAGGUGUAAAAUUUACAAUUUACUCAGAAUAAAAUUAAGCUUUUCAAUGAGUAACAUUUGUCUUUGAUGAUAGCCUAUACUAUUUUGUUCUCCCCAGCCUUGGAAAUGUGCUAUGUGUUCACAGAAAAGUAUUUAACCUUGCCUUAGUAGAUGUAUUUUAAACACAAAGAUAGAGUCAAUACUAUAAACAGUACAGAGUAUUUCUGCUCGCAUCUGUUUGUCUGAUAUUCAUUUAGUCUCUUGAAUUCUGAAAGUGAAUGAACUGAGAAAUUCUCCUAACAUUGCUUUCUCGCCCCACAAACUUUGAAUCGGUUGUGAAGGGAAAAUAUUUUAUCUUUGGAAGCAAGGAAGUAAAUAGCAUUCCCAUGUUGAACAAUAGGAGAUCUGGAAGUACCGAAUUGGGAGCUGCCAGAGUAGAGAGGAGUCUCAUAAGAUGGUUCCAUCUGGAGGGGGAGUGAACCAAGAUGUGUGUGACUUCCAGGAAGCCUCAUAUUGAAACAAGGUUUGCACAUUGUCAAUACGAACAGGAGAAACUGUGCCGUGUGCAUGUUCAGGAUUUGAUAUAUUUUCCAUGUUUUCUUUUGCUGAAAUGUCUAUCUGACUGCAAUUAGAAAGACAUUUGAUUGAAUAUUUUUGUGUCCCCUAUUUGUUAUCUGUAAGAGGUGGUAUUUUGUGAAAACAGCAAUCAAUGAAACAUUGGAUGUCUGGGUGCAAGUCUAUUUUGGACAGGUGGAGUGGCGUGAAUUCCAAUCCGCCUCUCAUAGUCUUCAACAAUACACCCUCUGCCUUGCCGAUUUGGUCUGUUAUUGCUAUGCUCUUUUAAGCAUGGGUAGACUAUUCACAAUAUAUCAUCUUCCCAUAAGCCACUUCUAAAAUAAUAAGGUAAUAUCAUCCCAUUGAGCACAUACUGGUUAAAUCAACGUUGUUUCCAUGUAAUUUCAAUGAAAUUAUGUCGAACCAACGUGGAAUAGACAUUGAAUUGUCUGUGCCCAGUGGGAUAUGGAUGAAGCAUUGGCUAAUCCUCUGAUGUUCUUAAGUAGUGAAUGUUACUUCAUGCAAAGUAAUAAAGAGUAUCUCUUGCUUUGAUUUUGUACAUUUGUAUAGAAUAUCGUGGCAUAUACAGUGCCUUGCGAAAGUAUUCGGCCCCCUUGAACUUUGCGUCAUUUUGCCACA